AUGCUUGCUCCUCGACGGCUGCUGUGCUUGGCUUCAAGGACCCAAAGAUGCAGGUCCUUUGCGACAACCACGUCAGGGCCCCUGAAUCUUCCCCACGUCAUCAAGCCCUCUCUCGCCGAACAGCAGCAGCGGCAGCUCAACCCUCGUAACCUCGAGGCAGCCGUUCACCACAUGCACCGCGAUGGCCUAGUCGUCGUUGAGGAUGCCGUUCCUCUAAAUGACCUAGACCACCUGAACCGCAAGAUGGUUCAAGAUGCCCGCACCCUGCAGGCUCGCGGCAAAGACGGCCCCUUCAACUACAACCAGGGGAAUCUCCAACAAGACGCCCCUCCGGUAGCCGAGUACUUUUCCACCUCGGUUUUCGCCAACCCCAUCGCAACCCAGAUAACCUCCCAUAUCCUCGGCCCGCGCCCCAAAUGGACCUUCUGCUCCGCCAACGCCGCCAUGCCGCCCCUCCCUGGCGCGGACCCUCAGCGCCAACCCGUCCACUCAGACGCCGACUUCGCCCACCCGGCGCACCCCUUUGCGCUCGUCAUCAACGUGCCCCUCAUCACCAUGACGCCUGACAACGGAUCCACCGAGCUCUGGCUAGGCACGCACAACCUCGUCGGGGAGGAUAGCAGUGGCCACGCGGCGCAGGAGGGUGCCCACGGCGAGCGUGCCAGCGAGCGCAUCCGCCCGGAGCUUCUGGCGCGGCGGGCGGCGGGGAGUAUCGUGGUGCGGGACCUGCGGCUGUGGCAUGCGGGGAUGCCGAACCGGACUUCCGGGGAGGUGCGGAUCAUGCUGGCCAUGAUUCAUUUUGCGCCGUGGUAUCGGAAUCGGAUGAGGUUAGAGUUGGGGGAGGAUGUGAGGCCCGUGCUGGAGCGGGAGGAUCUGGGGUUGGAGGUGCCGGUGGAUUGGGUCGGGAGGGAGGAGGUGUUGGAGAGGUAUCUGAAUAGGGGGUUUGGAAAUAGUUAUGAUUUUGAUCAGGAGGCUUAG